CAUAUAAUAACAAUAAUGGAUAGGAUAUCAUUCUUGGGAUAUACAACACCAACAGAGAUUAGGAAUAUCCUGCCGUUGGUACCAAAGCUGGAACAGGCAUUCUGUAGAAAGAUCGUAUCGUUGGUGGCCAACUAUUUAAAGGCAAAGAAGAUCGACGCCAAUCAACAAGAGUAUGGCAUGUUCAACAAGGUUGCCAAGGAUAUAUACGAUCAGCUCAGUCAGAUCAACACGACGAGCGAGGCCAGCGCCGUUACCUCAAACACGGCCGCCUCGGCCACCGACGCCAACAUCUCCUCAAUCGUCUUCACUGGCAUCUACUACAUACUCAAGCUGGCCAUCAAGACCAAAGUCAGCGUCGAGUACUUUGUCUCGGACCUAACAGAGAUCAAGCUGCCCACUACAUUCAUCGAUGAUCUUCAAAAGGUCUACAACAAGCUACGUAAGGACCUCAUUGAGAAGGUGUUAAGCGACAAGAUUCUGUUCCCUCAGAUGGCUGGCUUUAAGUGGCGUGUGGAUGUAGUGAUUAGCAGCAGCUUCACAUCAAGAGUGUUGAAUCCAAUCAUAUUGAUGGAGAUGACUGAUAGCAAGGGUGUGACGAGGACAUUCGAAGUCGACAUUGACACAUUCCACAAGCUGCGUUACAACACCUCCAAGGUGCUCAAGGACAUGGAGGAUCUCGAUCAGUUGCCCAUCCUCAAGAUCGAC